AUUCGCUUUCUCAAUUUUCUCUACUAAGCACUAGUCUUGCAACUUCUUCCAUGGCAUUCCACGGAGCUUCUUCCUCUUCCUCUUCCGUUUCCAGCUGGGCUUAUGAUGCAUUCUUGAGUUUUAGAGGCGAAGAUACUCGGAAAACUUUUACUGCUCAUCUAUAUGCAGCUUUAUGUCGAAACGGAAUCAACACCUUCAUGGAUGAUAAGCUUAGAAGUGGAGAAGAAAUUUCACCGGUACUUGUCAAAACCAUUGAAGAGUCGGAGAUUUCAAUCAUUGUACUUUCUAAAAACUACGCAUCAUCUCGAUGGUGCUUGGAUGAGCUAAUAAAGAUCCUUGAGUGUAGAAAAACAAGAGGGCAACACGUUCUACCAUUGUUCUACCAUGUUGAUUCGUCUGAAGUACGAAAUCAAACCAAUAGUGUUGGAGAGGCAUUCGCCGUACUUGAAGAAAGGUUUAAGGAUGAUAAAAUGAAGGUACAUGAUUGGAAGACAGCCUUAACACAAGUGACGAAUUUAUCUGGGAGGCUUUUGGAGAACAAGUACUAUUUCUAA